AUGUCAUCCAUCCUAGCACAAGAAUUAGAGACAUUGCCAUCCGAUCUCCUCUAUCUCGCCCAAAACUUCCCUAACUACAUCAACAUCAAUUCGGAACUAUUAUUCGCCAUAGGAUGUAUCGCAUUCAAUCCAAUCUUUUGGAACAUUGUUGCCCGAUUAGAAUACUCCACUCAUUUCUUAACUAAAUUAGCAGGAUCUGCUAAAAGAGGUUGUUAUCUUUUAGCAAUCACCAUUUUUGGAUUAGGUAUUUAUCGUGAUCAUGUAUAUCAUGAUGCUUUGACUUCACAACCAACUUAUCAACCAUUGAUUGAUAGUUUAUUGAUUAAAGCAUUGGCUGUUUUCACAUUCGGGUUUGGAAAUGUGUUGGUUGUGAGUUCGAUGUGGGCAUUAGGAGUGACUGGAACUUAUCUUGGUGAUUAUUUUGGGAUUUUGAUGGAUGAAAGAGUGACUGGAUUCCCAUUUAAUAUUAAUGAUAAUCCAAUGUAUAAUGGAUCUAGUUUGUGUUUCUUGGGGACUGCUUUAUGGUAUGGUAAACCAACUGGGAUUGCGGUUGCUGGAAUUGUGUUUGUUAUGUAUAGAAUUGGUUUAUUUUUUGAAGAACCAUUCACUGCCAAGAUUUAUGCCAAUAGAGAUUUGAAGAAGGAUUAG